CUGCAGUUUGAGGUAAAGAUUCAUUCACGCACGGGUCUCCUGGCCUAAGGGCUGCAUUUUCAUUCCGCUUUCCCAGCGCCUCGCAACCUCCUUUGGUCACUUGUCUUAACGUGUGAUGUGUCCGAGUGUAACAUAUUGUCGAGGCUGAGAACGGGAUCCUAUGCCUGUCAUCUUUAUGCAUGAUUCUAGAGUAUUUUUUUUAGAGCUUUUCGGUUAUAGAUGCUAUUGCCCUAUAAAAGAAAUGUUUAACAAUAAAAAUGUUCGAUCGCCAUUGUAAUUUAAAUAUGCCAAUUAAGAGCGAAAUAUAAACUUUCAAGUUAAAAAAAAUUCACGCGUUACUUGUUACUAAUGUGCUAUUUGGCAUUUGCAUUCAUUGUCGUUGGAAUGUAAAACGUACAUUUAGUUAAGUUUGGUUCUUUAUUUCAUCAGUAAUGUUGACAAAUGAUACACUGUUUCAGACUAAAGUUAAGUAUUACCUGAACAUUAUUUUUAUGAUGAUGGGCUUUUCAAAAUGCUGUGAGAUUGACAAUUGAUCUAGAAACCCAUGUCCUAGAAAGAGUAAAGCAAGAGGAGAGAAUUAUAGACAAGGAGAAAAGAGGUACAUUUGUUUACAUAUUCCUAAACAUAUUGAUACAAAAGUUUCUGAAUUAAUUGGGAAUAAUUUACAGAGACUCCAAUGGUUUACAAAAAUAAAUCAACAAUGAAAACAUCCAUGAGUGAGAAAGAAGAAGAGAAAUCUUUUAAAUUUAAAUUGUUUGUACCACCAAGACUGAGUAAUACCCAGGUGUCUGCAGUCAAACCACAAUCAAGUACACGGGAUGAGGAUUUCUUUCAGAAUUUUAGUAAUGGAACAGAAGAAUAUUAUAACUCAUCUUAUGGGAUGAAAAAUAUUUCCAAACAUAUAGAAGUCAUUGACCCUUCUCCACAGAAAGUAAAGCUUGUACCUGACAUAGAGCAAGAGAAUAUGGAGACAAUGAAUGAGCUUUAUUCAAGGCUUUACAAAGAAGCAGAAAAGAUCAAGAGAUGGAAAGUCAGUGUACAAUAUGAAUUAAAGGAAAAAGAGAAAAAAAUGCAAGAAAAUAGAAAAAUUAUUGAAGCAUUGCGUAAAGCCAUUCAGGAAUUACAGUUUGAAAAUGAAAAGUUAAGCCUAAAACUUGAAGAUGAAAUACAUGAAAACAAUGAACUUCUAAAAGAAAAUAAUGCUACAAGACAUUUGUGCAACUUACUCAAAGAAAAAUGUAUGCAAUCAGUGGAGAAGUGCAACAAAUAUGAAUGUGAACGAGAAGAAACCAGACAAAUGUAUGUGGAUCUUAACAAUAACAUUGAGAGAAUGAUAAAGGCUUUUGAAGAACUUCGUGUAGAAGCAGAGAACAUCAGACUGGAAAAGUAUUACAAAAUAAAAGAAGCAGCUGAUAAAAUAGAACAGCUUGAAAAAGGACACAAGAGAGAGAUAAAUUCCAUGGAAAAAGAGAUUUCUAUACUGAAAGAAGAAAAUGAUAAAAAAGAUAACAAAAUAAAACAGACAGAUAGUCAGUUACAGGAAUCAAGAUUGUUAAUACUUGAAUUCGAAGAAAUAAGAAAACAACAAGAUGAGAUAAUAAAAAAAGCAGAAAGCAAACAACAAUUUUUUUUGGCAGAACUGGAAAAUACUAUACAUUCUUUGGAAGAUACAAAGAAUACUUGUAAGAAUUUAGAAACUGAGUUACAAAUUACAGUAAAAACAUUAGCAGAAGUCACUGAACAAAAGGAAUUGAUUAUAAGAGAAUUUGAAGAAACUAGAGUUCUGCAUGCAUCGGUUACUGAUGGGUUCCAGAUUGAAGUUUCUAAUUUGAAGGAGAUGCUAUUGAAAGAAGAAAAUAGGCAAAAGGAAUUGAGAGAUGCUUCAGAUGCAUUAGUUUUGGAACUCCAAAAUAAAUCAACUGAACUAGAAAUGAUGACCAACCUGAAAAAUGAUAAAGAAAAGCAAAUUGAAGAAUUGGAACCAGUCUUAGUACAAGUCCAAGAAUUUUUACAUGAAAAACAAAUUCUUGAACAGACCAUUGAGAAAUUACAAGAAAGAGAAAGAGAGUUAACGGACACUCUUCAGACAAGAGAGAAAGAAAGACAUGAUUUGGAAAUGCAAUUGUCUGAUGAAUUUGAAAAUAAACAAAAUUGUUUUCAACAACUUGCAACAGUGAAAGCAGAGCUUGAAAAAGAAAUUCUAAAGAAUAAAGAGUUAAAUAUGGAGUGGAACAAAAUUUUAUUUGAGAAAGAACAAAUUAUAACAGAGAAAAAGAUGGUGGAUGAUGAACUUCAAAAAUGUAAAGAUACUAUUAAGAAUGUUAAAAAUACAGAUGAAGAAACCAAAAAUCAGAUAGACAUUUUAAAGCAAGCUAACCUCCUCUUAAGCAAUGAAUUAGAGGAAGUAACGGAGGAACUAAAACAAAAGGAUGAAGAAGCAAAAAACAAAGUUGAUGAAAAUGAAGAAAAUAUUAGAAAUAUUGAAAAUGAAAUUUCAAAAAAGGAAAAACAACUGAAAACAUUAGAAAACAAGGUUAAUAGUUUAAAGAAGCAGAUUGAAAUGAAAAUCAAGAAUAUUGAAGUACUACAACAAGAAAAUAAAAGCUUGAAAAAGAAACUUGGAUCAGAAAGCAAGCAACUGACUAUUACUGAAGGAAAGGUGAAUAAUUUGCAAUUAGAGUUGGAAAACACAAAUAGGUUAUACAAAGAAACAAGUGACAACUAUAAAAAUGAAAUUGAGAUGUCUAAGACAAAUGAAAAAAGACUUCUUAAGGAGAUAGAAACAAUGAAUUCUUUAACUAAUGAAGCAGUGGCAAUGCAGAAAGAAAUAGAUAUCCGAUGUCAGCACAAGAUUACUGAAAUGGUAGCACUUAUGGAAAAACAUAAGCACCAAUAUGAUAAAACAGUGGAUGAGAAAGAUACAGAAUUAGAGUUUCAUAUGACAAAACUGCAAGAACUAUCAUCAGAAAUAGAGUCUUUGAAAAAUGAACUUUCUUGUAAGAAAAGUGAAGUUUUUUCUCUUCAGGAGCAGCUUAAAAGAGAAAUUAAUGAGAAGGAGAAUCUAGCCAGAGAAGUGAAUCAGAAACUACAGGCAUCACUUGUAGAAAUUCCUAAAGCUACUAGUUCAGAUUCUCUGUCAGUUAACUCCCAAAAGAACAUAUGUCAACAUUUUAUACCUGUUAAUGAGACCAUAGAAUAUACAGAGAAGUCUUCGUGGACACCUGCCAAGACAUAUACUGUAAAGACACCACCAAAAUCUAAACUGCUAAGAGAAAGCACCAAUUUAGUUUCAGAAGGAAGAAAAAAGAAAAGAAAAGUUAUUUUGGAAUUGGAUUCUCGGUCAGACAGCUCUGAGAACACUGAUCUCCUGAGUAUUGUAACAGAACAAGAAAUGUUUAAAAAGCUGAAUAAAGACUAUUCAGAAUCUUCUCAUCUAUGCAUCAGGACACCAAAGCAGAUUCAAGCUCCAUCUAUUCUGAAAACUCCAGGAUCUUCGAUGAAACUUGCCACUGUAAAAAAGAUGCGAGAGGCAGGAUGGACUGCAAUCUCCAAAAUUGACAGAAGAAUAAAAAUGAAAGAAGCUGGAAAGCUCUUUAUUUAAACCAUUUUUUUUUUCGUUUUAGAAGAAUUAAUUGUUCAGUUAGAUAAUAUAUUUAUAUUCAAAGUUACGUUUCUAUUAACAUUGUGUGAAGCCUCAGUGGGCAUAUAGAUUGACAUGCCCUUUGAAAUUGUUUUGCAAUGUGGAUUCCAAUCCCUAAUCCUAAUCCCAAUAAGAGCUAGACAUGUUGAAGAGGCCACUGCUGUGUCUGUAUUGUUUUGCAACAUACUGUAUUUCUAAUGAUAUUUGCAGUGAAGCCCAUCUCAUUGCCUCUGGUGAUCAGAGUCAAUAUUGCUCUGCAAAGCAGCUCUGCUUCACACAUGUCUACUUUCUAUAUUUUGUUUCAAUAACAUUCAUUUUUACAGUAAUGUAUCCCAAUUCUUUUGAAAAUAGUUUAUAUGUUGAACACAUCUCUUAAAAGCUCAUCUUAUAGAGCAACCCAUUUCCUGUAGCUACAGUUGUGGGAAGUAUACACAUCCCUCCCUUAAGGAUUUCAUCUAUGUAAUAAUAAUUAGUAAGCAGAAGUAAUAACCAAUACUUCCUCAUAGAAAAACGAAGCAAGAUUUCUUCCCUUAACCCUUUGUUAGCCUUCCCAGGUGGAAAUUCUACAGGUGGAAAUUACCGUAAGCAAAUAUGAAUGUUAACAUUAUUAAUAUUGAAAAUAUAGUUUAAAGAAUUAAAUUUUCAUGUUAUUUACAUAAGUACUGUACUAUCAAUUAAACAAUCUCAAACUGAGAAGUUUUUUGAAGUGGGAAGCAAAAUAUUAUUGUUAUUGGAAAUGCAUUGUGGUAAUAAAAUUAUUUUAUUUUCUGA